CGAAUGACAAACUUGGGCGUGACAGCAGCGAGUGAACCGACUGAUGUGUUGUUUUAAUGUGUCCGGCUUUCAAUGUUUUCGCUUCUUUUCAUGUUCUGGAUAAACUGGAGCUGAAGCAUGGAGGCAGUUCUGAGCAGGCUGCGGGGGCUGACUUCUGAUGAACUGCGCGAGGAGUUUGCCAGGGCAGACCUCAAGUGCGGCCCCAUCACAGCCACCACGCGAGCCACCUUCGAGAGGAAGUUAGCCCGAGUCCUGGCCGGGUCAGAGAGCAGCGCUGCUGAAUCCGACAACAGCUCUUCAGCAGGAGGAGUCUCGGGCAGUGCGGCCUGUGUGGCUGAACAUGCCAAAUCUAUGUCGUGUGCCACAGCAGUUGCAUCAACUUCUGCAAGCGGCAAACCCCCUGAGACUGCCACUGAUGAGUCAGACUUUGGUUACGGUGUGGGUCUUAACCCUCCAGAGGAAGAGGGGAUUGCCGUCAAGGCCUCGCACUGCUCUGCUGAAGGCAGCAACUCUCAGUCCAAAACAGAAACACCUUCAAAACUGGCACAAGUGUCCCCAACCUUUUUUUACGGUGUCUGUCCUCUUUGGGAGGACGUUCUGGCUAGAAACGAAAGAGCACAUGUGUACACGGAUAAGAAAGAUGCCCUUCAAGCAGUAAAGAUAAUGAAGGGAGCCCGCUUCAAAGCCUUUCCCAACCGCGAGGACGCUGAGAAGUUCGCUAAAGGGAUCUGUGACUAUUUCCCCUCUCCCAACAAAUCUGCACCCUGCGUGUCUCCAGUCAAACCAGGCCUGGUCAGCAGUAAAGACAACAUGGAGGUUGACACCAUCAACCGGGAGCGAGCAAACAGUUUCAAGAGCCCCCGCACCCAGGACCUGACCGCCAAACUGAGGAAAGCUGUGGAGAAGGGAGACGAGUUGACCUUCAGCGAUCUGGUGUGGAGCAACCCCAGAUACCUCAUUGGCUCAGGAGAUAAUCCCACCAUAGUGCAGGAGGGCUGCAGGUACAACGUCAUGCAUGUGGCAGCAAAGGAGAACCAGGCGGGAAUUGUCCAGCUGCUGCUGGACACCUUGGAAAACCCAGAGUUCAUGCGACUCAUGUACCCGGAUGACCAGGAACUCAUGCUGCAGAAACGUAUCCGCUACAUCGUAGAUCUUUACCUCAACACCCCAGAUAAGGCGGGCUUUGAAACACCGCUCCACUUUGCCUGUAAGUUUGGAUGCCCGGAGGUGGUCAAUGUCCUGUGCUCGCAUCCCGACAUGGAUAAGAACUGUCGGAACAAAGACGGUCAGAAGCCUUGUGAUCUCAUUUGUAGCAGAAAAAAUAAAACCCAAGAAGUGAAGCAGAAGAUAUGUGACUAUUUAGAGGACCGCUGCUACAUCCCUUUGCUGAGGGCGACAGACAACACCUCUCAGCCUAUCAUCGGUGCUCUUUGGUCCCCCGAGACCUCAGAAAGUCUGUCACAGAUCCAGCGGCAAUCAAGAAGCCCCAUGGACCCCCUGAUGACCGUCACAGCCUUUGCUGGCCCACUGAGCCCAUCAAAGGCAGACGAUUUCCGGCGGUCCUGGAAGACGCCGCCCAGAAACCGAGCGGAACACUUUCACCACAUUCUGAAGUCUGAUCCCGACCGUGGGGCAGAGAGAGUGGGCAGAGACCUUGCUCAUGGGAUGGGCCACCCAUGGGCCGAGUACUGGGACUUCCUGGACAGUUUUGUGGAUCUGUCAUCGGCUGAGGGGCUCCGCAAACUGGAAGAGCACCUUUGCAGGAGAGAUUUUUGUCCACGGGCUCAUGAAGAGACGGGGGAGAAUGAGACCAGCAACAGGUUCAGAACGCCCUCUCCAGGCAAGCCCAAAAAGUUCUGCAACUCCAUCUCUGUCGGUGCCUUCCUGGAUGAGGGCGACGACAUCAGCCUCGAGGAAAUUAAGAAUCGGCAGAAUGCAGCUCUCACCAGCAUCACCUCCUCUGCUGCAUCCAAGGACGGUCUGAAGGGAGCAGUGGGCGGCCGUGAGUUCCACAUCCUGCCCAUCGCACUGCACCACCGGGGGGCCGACCUGAUCGAGACGGCGGCAGAGCAGGACCUGCUGUGCUGCUGCGAUGACGGCAUCCUGACGCCCGGCGUCGUCUGCAAAAACGGGGUGUGCUCCUCCUCCAGAGAUAGGACUAACAAUGGAGACAAGGUGGCCCCUCGCACCUCACCCUCCUGCCUGCUGUCCCCAAUCUCCAACCUCAUGGUGGAGUUUGAGCGCAUGUCGCUGCAAGAGACGCUUGACAGCCCCACCGUCUGCAGGGAGAGGAGGAGCAGUGGAGGGAGCCGGCACCGGGAUGUCCGUGACUCCUUCGGCUCCUCCUCAGCCACAGACCUGAGCUCUGGGCUGAACCGCCUGUCUCUCGGUCACAGCAGCCACGAUGGAGAGAGCGUUGAGGCGCCAGGCUGGAGAACGGAGGGAGGAGAGGCAGAGGAGAGGCGCAGCAGCGGCAGCUCAGAGGAGUACUAUGAAGCAGAGGAAAGUCUGGAGGUGCUAGGCAGGACUAGGGGGCCUGUAUCAGGGGGGCGCAACAUCUGUGCUAGGUCCAAAUCAUGGGACCACGGAGGGAGGGACCUGAGCAGCUCAGGCUCCUCUGGGUCCUCCUAUAAGUCCUUAGAUAGCUCCGAGUUCCUUCACAGGACCCCACCGCAUAUUAGAAGAGGACUGUUCAUUGACGGAGAUUCACCAACCAAGUUGGACAGGGAGGUCUUGACAGCAAUAGAUGGUGCAGACGUCGACUCCCAGAAGUAUCCCAGCGUUCAUAAGUGGAAGAGCACAAUGAAGUCGUACUCUGCUGCAGACAUGCAGAGCUGGCCCAGCCCUGUGGUGGUAAAACCACGACUCAGGAUGCAGCCUCAGACACCAGGCUCCCCGGUCAGCCUGAUGUCUCCCAGCGGUCGCUUCAGUCCCGCCCGGCAUGCUGCCUCGCCGGAUUUCAGCCCCAGCCGUUACAGCCCUGCUAAUGCUAGCUACAUCCAGCGUAUCCGCCUCAAGCACUUAAACGAGCCAACGGUCUAACCACCCUCCUCUGCCCCGCCUCCCACCGAUAUGGCCAUACCCUCACAUAACCCCGCCCCUCCCAGUACAAACCCAGCUGCACCCAGGUGUCUACGCCGGAGCUCAGAAACCACAAACCUAACAGAAAUAUGCACAAGUGUCUAGAAGAUUUGUAUUCAUGCGUGGUACUCCGUCAUCACGUUGGGUCGUGAUGCACACUCAAGACUUUCUAAAGGAAAAAAAAAAUCUUGGUCAUUUAGUUACUGUUCGGCUGUGGACCAUGUGGAAGCGACAGUCCUGUUAUUUGUGGCCAGUGUGACGCACUUGUAUCAUAGCCUGAGUCGACUUUUUGAAUAUUGUGAAAACAAGCGGCACCCCCCCCCCCAAAAGUUAGCUCAUCACUAAACCUUCGUGUGGAUUAGAAGGAGUCUGUCACUGAAGAUGUUCUUAAAAAAAAAAAAAAAAAAAAAAAG